AUGGCCAGCGCACCUACGCCAGCCGAGGUCAACGACACUUCCAAUCCGGCGGCCCUCGCGUUGCAGCUGCAACAAGUGCAGCAAAUCCAGCAGCAGUUGCUCAACGCCAACGCGUCGAGAUGCAAACUCCCGCAGUUCUGGAAAGCAGCGCCGGAAGCGUGGUUCGGUCAAGUAGAAUCCAACCUGCAAGCCCAUGGCGUGGACGAUGACCUCAAGCGCUACAACCUGGUCAUCGCAGCACUCGGCGAAGACACUGUCAACGAGCUCUUGGACGUGGUGCAGAAUCCGCCGGCCACUGACAUGUAUGCUACGUUGAAGAGACGCAUGCUCGAGCGUUUCGCCCAAACGAAUGAGCAACGUCUACGCAAACUGCUCAACGACAUCAAGCCAGAAGGCAAGAAGCCCUCAGAGCUUCUACGCGAAAUGCGCAUACUCGCAGGCAAGAGCGUCACUGACGAGGCUCUCAAGGUCAAGUGGCUUGCCCUCCUGCCAGCGUCCUCGCAGGGCGUGUUAACCGUGCUCGACGGAGCACUUGACAAAUUGGCGGAAGCAGCCGACAAGUUGGCCGACAUUGCGCCAACACCCGCCGUUGCUGCUGUCAGCCUACUCUCGCAGCAGCUCUCCUCAUCGCCAAGAACAUGCGAUGGCUAA